UUUGGCUUUAUUUGGUCACUAAAUGAAGAUAAAAGGGAAGCUGAAGAGGUGUUAAACUCAAACGCACAGCACCGUCCGGACUCUGGGCUCUUUUAUGACCGCAUCCAGAACCCUCGGCUGCCUGGCCUCAUUUUUCUUUUGCGCUGAUUUGGUAACCAAGCGAUGGCCAUGGUGAGUGGGGGCUGGGGAGAUCCCAACGGGGGCACCAACGGGCUCGGGGACAAGGGCUACCUGCGGGGGGAUGAGGAAGACGGCUCCCCGCAAGCCGGGGGCAGCGACAUGGAAGCCGGGGAUGAGGACAAGGCCUGCGUGGUGGACUGCGUGGUGUGCGGGGACAAGUCCAGCGGGAAACACUACGGCGUGUUUACCUGCGAGGGCUGCAAGAGCUUCUUCAAGAGGAGCGUGAGGCGUAACCUCAGCUACACAUGCAGGUCCAACAGGGAGUGUCAGAUCGACCAGCACCACAGGAACCAGUGCCAGUACUGCCGCCUGAAGAAAUGUUUCCGCGUCGGCAUGAGAAAAGAAGCAGUUCAACGCGGGCGAAUCCCACCUCAGCCGAGCCUCAGUCCUUCCAUCACGCCCAUAGGUGGCGCCAGCGGCAUCGGAAGCGGCGAGUUCUACAAUAACAACAACGGCGGUGGGGGCAGCGGGGGUCAGCCGGUGUCGGAGCUCAUAUCCCAGCUGCUGCGAGCCGAGCCGUACCCCAACAGCCGAUACGGACACCAGUACAACCAGCAGGCCGGGCCGGACGGCGCCAUGGGGAUAGACAACAUCUGCGAGCUGGCGGCGCGGUUGCUCUUCAGCACCGUGGAGUGGGCCAGGAACAUCCCUUAUUUCCCCGAGCUGCCGGUUUCAGACCAGGUGGCGCUGCUGAGGCUGAGCUGGAGCGAGCUUUUCAUCCUCAACGCGGCUCAAUCCUCCCUGCCGCUCCACAUGGCGCCCCUGAUGGCCGCCGCAGGCUUCCACUCCUCGCCCAUGUCGGCGGAGCGCGUGGUGUCCUUCAUGGACCAGGUGAGGAUGUUCCAGGACCAGGUGGAAAAGCUGAUGAGGCUGCAGGUGGACUCCGCCGAGUACAGCUGCCUCAAGGCCAUUGCGCUGUUCUCACCAGAUGCCUGCGGCCUGACGGACCCGGUCCACGUGGAGUCCCUGCAGGAGAAGGCCCAGGUGGCUCUGACGGAGUACGAGCGGAUGCAGUACCCGAGUCAGCCGCAGCGCUUCGGCCGCCUGCUGCUGCGUCUGCCCGCCCUGCGCGCCGUCCCCGCCAACCUCAUCUCCCAGCUCUUUUUCAUGCGCCUGGUCGGAAAGACCCCCAUAGAGACGCUGAUCCGAGACAUGCAGCUCUCCGGAAGCUCCAUCAGCUGGCCGUACGUCCCGGGACAGUAGCUCCAUGACGGGGGGGGGGGGGGGGGGGGUCUCCGUCUGGGAUUAGUGACGACAAAGACCCACAGGAAACCUCCUGAUCUCAUCGUUGCCCAUCUGCGUGGUUGUCAAGUCGCAGCGCCAGCUGGCCGUCAUUCCAUAACCCCCCCCCCCCGCCAUGAAACAGGCUGGCGCCGCCUCAUCGCCAAUCCGCUGUCUCUGGUGCCAGAAAGCAGUUUGGACGCCCCGGCCUGCUGGUUAUGCUGACUAAACUCCGCCUCAGGUGGAGGGGCGGCGGCGCCCUGCUGCGGCGGAGCCGCUGUCGCUCCACGCCGUCCCACUGGAACCAGAGGAAAUGAGACCAACGUUUGUCAUCUUCAGAUUGUUAAACUAAAUGAAGAAAAGAAAGGAGCUGCAUCAGAGGAGUGACUCUAGUGGAAACAGACUAAUACCUCAUCAGACAUCAGAAUGCUUUAGUGCGAUAUUUCCUUACCAUGAACCUCCUGUAAGAUUUGUUCACCAGAAACCGCCUUCUUUUUCACAAACUGCUUUGUUUAAACGGACGAUAAAGUCGAGCUCCACAGGCUAACGAGCUCAUCCUCUUCUAUCUGUACUUUUUUUUUUAUUUCAAUUUUUUUCUAAUGGUGAGUUUUGAAUCUCUGUAUGGUUAACUCUGCUUUUGUUGGAUAAACCUUUUUUUGUUUUUCUUUCUUUUAAAAAGAUGUAAACAUUGAAUUUGGAUUUUUAUACUUUUUUUUUUUUUUUUUUAAACCUAAAAAAAAAAGAUUAAAAUAGAGCCGGUUUAAGAUUUGACCGGUAAAAUUCAAGAUCAUGUUCCUUCUUAAGGUGCCUUGCAAAAGUGUUCACACCCUUAAGCCUGUUUCUCACUAACGCCCUGGGAUUGGUUUUACCCAGUGGUGACUAAGGCCCCGUCCACACGAAG